GAGCAGCAGGUGGGUGUUGUGUUUCACUGGCCAUUUCAGCAAUGAAUCUUACGCUCAAGGACAAGUGCUGCGCCUUCGAGUCUCCCACCCUGGACAGGGUUUUGCCUCCAAUUCUGAUCCUGGAGUUCAUGUUUGGACUGAUGGGGAACUUUGUCGCUCUGUGGAUGUUCGUCUUUCACAUGGACACCUGGAAGCCCAACUCUGUGUACCUGACUCACCUGGCUGUCGCUGACUCCAUUGUGCUGUUCUGCCUGCCAUUCAGAGCAGACUACUACAGGCGUGGAAAAAACUGGCUGUAUGGCGAUGUCCUUUGUCGUAUCCUGCUCUUUCUGCUGGCAGCCAACCGUGCGGCGGGGAUCUUCUUCCUCACUGCCGUGGCUGUUGAUCGAUACUUCAAGAUCGUCCACCCAUUGAGUCAGAUCAACCGAAUGGGCCUGGGCUAUGCUCUCUGGGUUUCUCUCGGGCUCUGGGGUCUGAUAUUUCUUGCGACUGGUUACCUUCUUGCCAAUGAGCACUUUUUCUACAACAGCAACCGCACACAGUGUGAGAGUUUCAACAUCUGCCUGGGCUUCAGCCCCCUCUCCACCUGGCACAAUACUUUCUAUGUCGUCCAGUUCUUCCUGCCGACUGUGAUCGUCGCCUUCUGCACAGUCAGAAUCACCUGGCAGCUGAAAAGCAGGACUGUGGACAAAAAGGGGAAAAUCAAGCGGGCUGUUCAGUUCGUGUUGGCUGUGGCGCUGAUCUUUAUUGUAUGUUUCUUUCCCAGCACUAUAUCGCGUAUCGCUGUAUGGGUCCUUAAGCUAUGGUAUGAUGAGUGCAAAUAUUUUGAGGAGGCCAACCUGGCAUUCUACACAUCGGUGUGUUUCACUUACUUCAAUAGCGUCCUCAACCCUGUGGUGUAUUAUUUCUCCAGCCCAGCCUUUAGUGGCGCCUUUAACAAGAUCCUGAACAAACUGCUGAGACGGAGUCCCAAAGAUGAGACAAAUUCUUCUGAGAAUAACAUUUCCUCCAUUGAAGGGAGAAGGUUGUGAAGCCAGGUGCUGCUAUGUUCCCUUCUUAUAUUGCGGGGUAUUUUAUCAGAUUUUAUUAAAGCAUAAUGCAGAUAUAACUUAAAUAAAAUGUAUGAAUUGGUUAAAUCUGCUAUAAACAAUUAAGAUUUCACAACCCCAAAGAAGUAGUUGCUUGUUGCAGUGUGUUUGUAAUUGUGUAACAUAAACCCUUGUGAGUGUGAUUGCAGUGUGUGAGUAAGUAAAUUAUGAAUCAUUCACAAUUAAUAAUCUCUAUUUGCAUUUGAGCUAUUGUUAGAUAUUUACUGCAAAUGAUUGUAACGGUUACAUCUGUUAAGUGAGCGAUCUUCUAUUGUGGUUCUUCAACAUUAAGAUCGUUAACAAAAUCCUUUACUUUGUCGGUCACUUCAACUUUAAACAGCAAAGCCUGGCUAUCUGCCAGGAAAAUAAUAUUUACAGUACAAAUCAAAUGAACGGCCAGAGCCAUGUUUAGAUUUCUUAAGUGAUAUCAGUAAAGUGUUGACAAAAAACGCUCCACAGGCUGGUUUGUGAAUCAACGAGGAAGGAAAGCAGAGAUCAUUAUACAUCGUUUUUUCAUUUUCCUGUCUUUGUAUCCUAUCACAUUCUGCCUGGUUUUCAAUAAAAAGGUUAAACAUUA